AUGGGCGGCUACGACCCCCGCAACCCCGCGCAUCGCGAGAUCCUCCACGAAUACCGCCUGCGCACCGCGAAGCCCCUCGUCACCAUAGAGGGCCUCCAGCGCCUCGCCAGGUCGCGCGGCACGCACGCCCUAGGCGUCUUCCUCGUCCUCUCGGCCGUCGGCUUCUACUUCUACCACAUCCAGACCGUCCCGGUCUCAGGCCGCCGGCGCUUCAACUGCUACUCUGAGAACUCGGUCAACACCGUCGCGAACGAGCAGGUCAAGCGUGUCAUCUACGAGAUUAAGUCGCAAGGCGGCCGCUUCCUCCCCUCGUGGGACCCGCGCCGGCAGAUGGUGAUGCGCGUUAUGCGCCGGCUGAUCCCAGUGUCGGGGCUCGACGGCCAGAAGUGGGAGGUCUACGUCAUCGACGACCCGCACACGAUGAAUGCCUUUGUGAUGCCCGGCGGCAAAGUGUUUGUGUACAGCGGCAUUUUCCGUGUGACGCGCAACGAGGACGGGUUGGCGGCGGUGUUGGGCCACGAGAUUGCGCAUGACCUCGCGCAGCACGUUGGCGAGCGUAUGAGCUCGUCCAUCGUGACCAACAUAGUGCUGGGAAGCCUCGUAACGCUGUGGUGGGUGGUCCCACCAGCCAUCAUACUCAUGCAGUACCUGGGGAAAGGAUUCAUGGACCUUUUCUUCACGAAGCCCAUGAGCCGGCUGCAGGAAAGCGAGGCAGAUUACAUCGGGCUGAUGCUCAUGGCAGAGGCAUGCUACGACCCGCGUGAGGCGGUGGCGUUUUGGCAACGGAUGGAUAUGGCGGCCAAGAGGGGGCAUGCGGAGGAGGCGCCUGAGUUGUUAAGCACACACCCUUCGAACGAACAUCGAAUCGAAAAGUACAAGCAGUGGAUGCCUAAAGCCGUUGAAAAGUGGGAGGCCAGCGACUGCAAGGGCACAGCCAGCUUCGCCAACAUGUUUAGACGGGCAUUAGAUCGGGGAAGCAUGAUUAUAGAAUUCUAG